UGCAGUUACAUCUCAUGGCUACCCACUACUUGAUAAAGAUGUCAACUAUGAUCAUACAAUAUGAGCAUAUAACCAGUUUGCCGAAACCAUAAAGUGUCUGAAGACUUCACCGGCUGCGUCCCUACGAACGCUCCGACAAUGUGCACACAAAGACGGGUCAAGAGUCUGUCCAGUGAACUCCAUGAUGUUGCCAUGCACGACUCCAUGAUCAAUGGACGCGACACUACCGAAGAGAAUAUGAAUACAUAUGUCGAUGAACGAGCACUGACGAUAGACAGAUUAGUCGAAGACCAAGUUUAUCUCGCUCGUCACAUACGGGAUCGAAUAAGAUUGGUGCAUUCGACUGGAUGCAGACGAUGUUUUCGAUACAAUUCAUGACUACAAAGCUAUGCUCGAGCUCGUCGCGAUGAAGCAAGUGUCUUGUGAUCUAAGUUCUAGCUA